AGGACUCUACUGCAGACUUUGCUGGAUUCUAAAGUCCCUGUUGAACCAGACAAUGGAUGAACAACCACAAGGAAUGCAAGGGCCACCUGUUCCUCAGUUCCAGCCACAGAAGGCAUUACGACCGGAUAUGGGCUAUAAUACCUUAGCCAACUUCCGAAUAGAAAAGAAAAUUGGUCGUGGACAAUUUAGUGAAGUUUAUAGAGCAUCCUGUCUCUUGGAUGGAGUACCAGUAGCUUUAAAAAAAGUGCAGAUAUUUGAUUUAAUGGAUGCCAAAGCACGUGCUGACUGUAUCAAAGAAAUAGAUCUCCUUAAGCAACUCAAUCACCCAAACGUUAUUAAAUAUUAUGCAUCUUUCAUUGAAGAUAAUGAACUGAACAUAGUUUUGGAAUUAGCAGAUGCUGGUGACCUCUCCAGAAUGAUAAAGCAUUUUAAGAAGCAAAAGAGGCUAAUUCCUGAAAGAACUGUUUGGAAAUACUUCGUUCAGCUCUGCAGUGCGCUGGAUCACAUGCAUUCUCGAAGAGUCAUGCAUAGAGAUAUAAAACCAGCUAAUGUGUUCAUUACAGCCACUGGGGUGGUGAAACUUGGAGAUCUUGGACUUGGUCGGUUUUUCAGUUCAAAAACCACAGCUGCACAUUCUUUAGUGGGUACACCUUACUACAUGUCUCCAGAGAGAAUACAUGAAAAUGGAUACAACUUCAAGUCUGACAUCUGGUCUCUUGGCUGUCUGCUAUAUGAGUCACCUUUAAAGUUGCUCUGUGCAUACAUCAGUUUCACUGGGAGUGUUUUACAGAUGGCCGCCUUGCAGAGCCCUUUCUACGGUGACAAAAUGAAUUUAUACUCUCUGUGUAAGAAGAUAGAGCAGUGUGACUACCCGCCUCUCCCGUCAGAUCACUACUCAGAGGAGCUCCGACAGUUAGUUAAUAUAUGCAUCAACCCAGACCCGGAGAAGCGACCAGACAUCGCCUACGUUUAUGACGUAGCAAAGAGGAUGCAUGCAUGUACCGCGAACAGCUAAACUGCAAAAUCAUGAAGAAGGCAACCAAAAUAACUUAAAAAGUAUUUUUGUGCAAAUCAUACCUCCCUGUUUUUGUCUGGGUGUUAAGAUUAAUAUGUCAGAGUUAAUGUGCUUUGAAUCCUUAACCAGUUUUCAUAUAAGCUUCAUUUUCUACCAGGCUCAAUCUCCUCGAAAAUCGACUUUGGCUUGCUCACGUUUCAUUAAGAGUGCACGUAUAACUAGAGUCUUUCAUGGCUUAAGGUGUGAGCAUCAUUGUUGGGAGUUUUCUGCUGAUAAAUUGUGUUCAAAGAUUGUCGGCGCCAAAUGGUGAAGAAACAUGUUGGCACCCAUCAGGAGAGAUGCAGAACCUGAGGAAAGACUUGCUUUUCAGUCAAUAUGGACAUUGCAGUGGACACAAUUGUGAACUUAGGCAUUUUGGGGGGUGGGUUUGAAGUAUGUGCUUUAGCUCUUAGUUUGCAGACAAACUAUUUGAGAAACAUUUAAAAUCCUUAGUUUAUACAUUCAAAAUGCAACUAUUAAAUGUGAGUCAGACACUGAGUUUUGUGUUUUCAUGCCUUUGAAAGUCUUUUUUGCAUUUAAAUGGUAUAAAUGAGUCCAUUUUAAAAGUGGUUAAGGAUUUGUUUGGCUGGUGUGAUAGUCAUUUUUAAAGUUGCACAUUGCCCAAGGCUUUGUGUAUUUUUAUUGUACAUUUGAACAAUAUUCUUGGAAUAAUCGUGCAGUAACUAUAAUUCAGUUUCUUUAUAAAUCUAAAUACAUUUAACUCAUGACUGUACACUGUAAUAUAAACAUAUGUUCUUAUUCAUAGAUUGUAUUGAAGUUUUGAUCAAUCCCCUUCAGAAUUUUUUUAUUCAAGUUAUUUAUAUUGUGUGUGCAUUUUAUCCAUUAAUGUUUCAGGUUUUCUGAGAGCAUAAUUCCCUUUUGAAAAGAUAUUUGGUAUGCCAACACUUUUCUUAGAUUGAAACUUUUUUUUCUUUUAACUUCUGGGCCACUCAGUGUGUGUGUGUGCGCGUUUAUCUUGUUAGGAGGGAAGAUGUGUAUUACAAUGUGCCUAUGAAUGUCGAUAGUUCUGAGUCAUUUGCCGACAAAGAUAUAAUUUUAGAAUAUGUUUAGGACAUGAAGACUGGCCCUUGCUGCAGACAGAACUGUUACGAGAGUAACAUUUCAGUGGAGAUGCUUUGGAGCAAACUACUGCGUUUGUGCAUAAACAUGACAGACAUGGUGAAGCUCCUUUUAGUUAAGGAAAUAGAGUUGUUUAGGAAACCCUGCUGUGGAGGCAUGUUUCCCUCAAUCUUUUCAUCUUAGACCAGUUUCCUCACAGAAUCUGAGUGGUAGUUUGCUGUGUGUGCCACGCCAGAGCCUCGGGAAGGGUUAACUAACCUGCCAGUAUGGCAGCCUGUGUUCAGGGAGCACAUAACUUUGGCAGAGCUCCUAGUCUUGUUUUCUCACAUAGUAUUGUUCCUAUAGUUACUUUCAAGUGAAUAACAUCUGUUUUCUCAUUUUAAUUGGCUAUGGGGGCUAUCUUAAGCUGAAAUUACCCUUGAAUUUGACAAAGGAAACCUGAAUGGUCUUUGUCAUGAAGCCAGAACUGGGUUCGUCCCAGAUCGUAGUGGCCUGUAGCAUUUAUACUGGGUUUUGAUAGAAGUAUCCCCAAAGUGUGAGGAGAGCUACUUCUGCUGGCCAUUUGUGUUUGUCCAUUGUAAUGUCACAGGAUUGAGUAAGAUGAAAUAUCCCCUGCUUACAACAGUUGUUUUCUUACAGUCUUUCAAAAUGCAAGGUUGUAACUUCAUUGGCUCAACCCCUUGUAGUGACUUUGCUUUAUAAUUUGCCCGCUCCCAAAGAAAAGCAGGAGAGUCUAAUGGUCAGGGAUGCCCAUUAUAAAAUUUUUUAUAAGAGGAAACUUUCUUUUUUUUAAUGCAAGUAUUCAUCUUCCACCCAAAGAAACCAUUCUGUAAAACCAAGUUCAGUGGGAUAUUUGUAAACAGUUACAGAAUUUUUAGAAGUUCUAAUCUUAAUCACCUAUAAAAAAAUACCCUUUCUGCUUAUGAGUACAUUUUCUAUUAAGUUAAAUAUUGGAAUUGAGUAACAAGUGAGAUAAAAGGUACAGAUGAUUCUACACCGGAUGUAAACAUUGGUACUGGUUACCCAGGGGAGAGUGGGAGGUAACUUAGGUUGGUAUGCUGAGGUAUGGGGUGAAUGAAGGGCACCCCAUUUUCAGUACUCAACAAUGUACAAUGAUUGUAAAUUUAGUGAGAUGCUACCGAGGCACAAGUGCUCUACUGUUCUUUAGAGUGUCCAUUACAAAACACCUUUCUUGUAUCCAUAUACUUCAGGUGUUGCCCUUAACUUUUCCUGUAUUUAUUAUAACCGAGAUGCUGUUAUUCACAUGAAAUGUUUAUUCUUUAAAUUGAAUGUAUUGUUCAUAACCCACAAAUGCUCAUACUCUUUGCCUCCUAUUUCCAUAGUACUGUAAUAUGAACUUCUUUUGUGAAAUACUUUUUAUUUUGUUAUGCUUUAAAUCCACAUGCAAAGGGGUUCUGUUAUUAGCUUUAAAAACUGUACAAUAUCAUAAUAUAAAUAUAUAAAAAUAAAAGAUGAAUACUGUAAA